AUGAAAUCUUUAUUCACCCUCUCAUUUAUAGACUCGGAACUUUUGAAGUUGUACAUGACUACUAGAUAACGUGAUGUUGUCAAGAUCAGCCUUAUUAUUUGGCUUUCUAUGACAUAUAAAUUUUAGAAAACAGUAGAUUUCCACGCUCCUUUACUAGUUAUGACUCAAAUCUAUAAUCUCUAUUAAGUUGGAACUAGCAAUGCCAAAACAGAUAAUAUUGCCCUUGUUAAUAAUAUAGUUGGAUUUAAUUUUUUCAUGCUAUCAGGUCUCCUUACUAGUAGCAAAUGGUAUUAUACAGCAGUUGGAUUCGCAAGCAGUAUGCUUGCCACAAUACUGUUUUAUUCACUAUUUGUUGGCAUUGAGGAAGUACCUACUCUAAUGUAAUUUGUUGUCACCACAUCAAUCGUUGCAUAUUCUUCUUACAUGAUAGAAUAUAGAACAAAAAUGGAAUUAUUAUAAAUUGUGCAAGUCAAAAGAAUGAAUGAAGAACUAUAAGGUAUACUCAUGAAUUUUCCAGAAGGUAUAAUACUCUACUCACAAGACAAUGGAGAAGUAAUACUUGCUAAUAAAGAAAUGAAAAGGAUCUUUAAGUGCUAAUCAGAUUAAAAUGAAAAAAACCUAGUCAAAUAGAAAAUAAAUUAAAACCUACUUCUGCCUGUUAAUCUUCUCAAUUAAUAACAAUAAUUAGCAACCGAAGGAAAAGAACUAAUGAGGAGCUAGCAAAAAGUAAGUAUGAUUACAGCAGCUUAAAACUAUGAAGAGGGUCAAUGCUUCUAAAUGGAUGAGAUUUUAAAUCCUAUAAGGGAGUCUAAUCCUGUUUUUGAAACAUUUCAGGGUAGCAAUAUUAAUUAAGAUAUGUCUUAAGAUAAUAGUUAAGAAUUAAUAACAAUUAAAGAAAGCAAGAUUCUCUAUGAGAGUAAAAAUCUCAGUAUGAUAAUGGUAAAAUGCAUGACUCCUCUAAUGCGCUAUGAGAAGCUUAAACUUGAAAAUCACUUCUAUGAAAUGCUGACUGCUACAGUUUCUCACGAUAUGAGGACUCCAUUAAAUGCGAUGUGUGGUCUAUUAUCAAAUAUAGAGCCUUUUAUUGUUUAUGAGGUGGGCCAGAAACUUCUACGAAUAGUUAAAAGUUCCAGCAAAAUAUUACUUUUUCUGGUAAAUGAUUUACUUGAUUUCUAACAGAUUAAGAAUGGAAAGUUUAGAAAAAAUGAGAUGCCAUGCAACAUAAAAGAUACCAUAAACGAGGCGAUUGAGAUUAUCAAAUUGGCGAUUGAGGAAAAAGGACUUACUCUAAAUUUCCAUAUUGAAAAUAAUAUACCAGAGGAACUAGUUACUGACUCUCAAAGAAUAAAUCAAAUAUUACUUAACCUUCUCUAAAAUGCAUUAAAGUUCACUCAUAAGGGAGAAAUAAAUCUUUUUAUUAAAUACGAUGCUGUUUAUAACAAGCUCUUCUUUACGGUCAAGGAUUAAGGUAUUGGAAUUAAGCAUGAAGACAGAAAAAAACUAUUCACUCUAUUUGGUAAACUAGAGUCAACUGCUUCUAUCAAUACUUCAGGAAUAGGUCUAGGACUUAAUAUUUGCAAGAUGAUAGUCGAGAGUUUUGGGGGCUAGAUUUAUAUUGAAGAUAACAAAGGGGAAAGUGGUACCUCUUUUACUUUUACUAUCUAGUGUAAAGGAGAUAUAAGCAAUGUAGAUUUUGUGAGCUAUCUAAACACCUAGAGAUCAAAUACAUCUUAAAAUAUACUUUUCACAAACAUAGAUCAGGACUUGAUUGAUCACUGCCAGGUAGGCCUUGAGAUAGAAAAAUACAUGAAUUAAGAAAAAUGUGACGUAUCUAUCGACUCCGAGAAUUACUCUUCAGUGAGAAAAUUAACUGAUGUUGAAGUUUAUUAACCUUCAAUUCGCUAGUUGAAACUAGAAAAAAUAUAAUAAUGUCCAUGUCAAUAAAGAUAAGAUAUUUUGGUAGUUGACGAUAAUAUUUUUAAUGUAGUGACUCUUCAAACUAUUUUGGAAUUUUAAUUCAACUUGAAAUCAGAUAAAGCAAUGAAUGGUUUAGAUGCUUUAAAAAAAGUUGAGGAAAGAAUUAAUUUGUAGCAAGACUCCCCCUGCUUCUGCAAAUUGUAGAGGAAAAAUUAUAAGUUAAUAUUUAUGGACUGUAACAUGCCAGUUAUGGAUGGCUUCUAAGCGACAGAGUAAAUAAGACUGCUUCAAAAUCAAACAGAUGUUAAAAUUAAGAUUAUCGCAUUAACUGCGUACACCACAGAUAAUUUUAAAAUAAAAAGUUCGGAAGCAGGAAUGGAUUCCUUCAUAACAAAACCCAUCUAAUGCGAAAUUAUAAAAGCACUACUCAUUCAAGAUGGCUUUAUUUAAAAUUGA